AUGCCCGAUGAUGCGACGGCGGGCUUGAUAUUUGCCUCGGACCAGGCCAACCACAAUUUUGCACGCGUUCUCGGCGACCUCCGCCGGUCUCACCUGUCCAUCACCCACCGCUUGCAGUCCAUCUGCCGCGAUGCCGCCUUUGUGGCGGACGUGGCUGCGCGCUACCCUGACUUUCCCGUGGUCGCCAACGAGCGCUGUGGCAGCUGGUAUAUUCCAGUGUCUUCCAAGGCCGGCUCGGCCUACUUCAAGUCCACGGAUGGCCACACAGGCCAGUGGAAGUUUAGCACGCGCCGCCUCAACUUGCACAUACUGCCACUGCUUUGCAGAGACUCUCCCGAGAAAGGCGGCGGCUGCAUACUAGUCGAUUCCACCCGCCGGGGAAAACGCAUGCCCGAUGCGCUAAGCAAGACGGUUCCGCUGUGGUGCUGUGUGCUGAAUCGAGCGCUCUUCCCUGCACAUGUGCCAGAGGGCCGGAACGAGGCAGAACAGACGGACGCUCAAGCUCUCUACACACCACCUGGUGUCGUCUCGGCGUCCGAGCACAGCCAGAUGCUCGCACGCGUGCCCGCAUUUGUCGAUGCUCUGGGUGGGCUCGGUGUGUUCCGACUCGGGGAGGAGACGGACUCGGACCCCAUUGCGUGGCGCCGGCAGAAUCUGCCCAACGGCAAACCCCUGCGCCCUGUUUGGGUGACGCCCGACAUGCCGUGGCCUAAUGUCGACCACCUGCGCGACCGCUUUAAUGUAGUCCUGUGCUGCACCUCGUCACGCGUUCCGCCAACUGGCGAGGACGUUGAAGAUGGAGUGGAAGCUGACUACAUACAAGGCGCUGCUGACGAUACCGAGAAUUGGGCGCAUGGCUUGACUCCGGACCUGUUCUGGGCGAAUUGCGAGAAGCUCCUCGACACGCCCGAGGCUGAUCUGCCGGAAAUGAUCGCAGCGAUUGUCAAGGCCGGCAGCGAAAGCGCCGUCUCCAAGGGUGGCGCAACGUUUUCUGCGACUGUCAUCACGCCGCACCUCUCCGUCGGGCAGUGGACGGGCUCAUCUCCACCAACAGCACCGGAAGAGUCCUCGGGAGUCUGUCAAAUUGCCUUUGUUCGCCAGACGACCGAGCCUGUGACGUGGGUGCGGUCACCCACCAGUCUUGAAGUCGGACUUGGCAAGCAAGAUAAGAUUGCUGGGCGGACGCUGCGGCAUGCGCUCUCCCAAAUCUGCGAGUUUGUCUCGGACUUCUUGACGAAGGAAAACGGGUGCUCAUCAAUAAAGAGCGUGCGCAUACUGUGCCCGACCGGACGGGACAUCUCUGUAGGCACGGCCUUGGCUCUUCUUUGUUACUGUUUCGAAGAGUCGGGCAAAACACGGACAGCUACAUCGCGUGUCACAAUUGUCAACAAAGACGUCAUUCGCGUGCGGCUGGCCCGCAUCAUGACCGCCAUGCCUCACGCGAAUCCCAGCCGGACCACCCUGCAGAGCGUCAACAGCUUCCUGAUAGACUGA